AUGGCGCUCGAGAUGCACGUCCGGAGCCGCAAGCCCUUCAAGCCGCCCCCACGCGAACAAAGUGCCACACACCAACCUGACGCCGAAGCCGCAGGCCGAGGAGACGACGACUCGCACAGCUCAGGCACCAAAGACGCAGAGUCCACGGCAGGCGCUAGCGAGGUGUCAUCCCAAAGCGCCGCAACUGGCCGCAGCACCCCACGGCGCCAAAAGCGAUGGGCGGGUGCCAGCGACCGCGCGAAGCCCAGGAUCAAAGAGCUUCGCCAGCAAAAGGAGCAGGCCAACGGCCAGCAGAGGCACAGCUUUGGCGAGGAUGGGGUGCCAGCCUGGCAGCGGCUGCACGACGAGCACCGGCAGAAGACGGCAAGGAAGGUGGAACGCGAAGAGGAGCAUCGCCGAGCUUGUGAGGAAGAGGCCAGGAUGCUCUUGCAGGAGAUCAUUCCGCACGAGCGGCUGCCGCAAGACAAGAUCGACGAGAUCACGCGACGGCUGUACACGGAGCGACUGGAGAAGAUGACCUUGAAGAAGGAGAAGGCGGCAAAGGAGAAUGACAGGUCCUUGGCCCAGAUGUUGGCGCAGAAGACGGAGAGCACCAGCAACGUGUUCAGGGGCGUGGCACUGUACGAGAGCUUUAUGAAGCGGAUGGCGUGCAGAGCCGAAGCGCAGACGAGGUCCGUGCCUGAGACGCCUGAGACGCCGAAGCGAGCGGCGAGCCUGGGCCACGCGGGGAAGAUGCACCGCUGGGCGGCGGAGAAGGCGCAGCGCCUGGUGCGCCAGCGCGAGGAGCAGUUGGCGCAGCUGGAGGCGCAGCUGAAGCAAGACUCCGUCCACCAAGGCGGAGGCAAGACCACCCGCCACGAGCAGCUUUACCAAGACCACGCUCAGCGGGUGAAGCGCCUUGAGGAAGCUCAAGCGAAGGAUAUGGUGAAAGACCAUGACCAGAAAGUGCGAGUGGGAUCAAUGCCUGAGCACUGCAUCCACCUUUACCAAGAUGCUCGGAGGCGCACCGAAAGCCUGGAGGUCAGAAAGCAACAGCACGAGGAGCAGCAGGCGGAAGAGCUUCGAUCUCAAUCCGUUCAUGCCGCCGCCCGAAGCAAAGCAUGGACGGCCAAGCUGCAAGAGGAGGCUACUCAGCGCAUUGCGCGGCCAAAGCGGAAGCGCUUGGCGCCUGCGCCCUCGACGCAACCGGAGCCAUGCACAGAGGCCAGGGGUGACGCCAGAAGCGUCACGCCACCGAAGGUCUCCGGCCACAACGCCACGCCCAGCACUCCCCGCACGCCCCGCAGGGCUCCGAGGCCUGACACGGCUGAAGCCAUUGGCAGGGAGUUGCAGGGGGCCGCAGCAACACCUCCCAGGACGCAGAGCUCCGGCACGAGGAGGUCCGUCCAAUCGGUUUCACCCUGCCAAAGGCAGAGCACCCCGCGUGCCUCGAGCCAAUCCAGCGCCAGCCGAGCUGCGGCAAAAGGCGCGGUAUGUGCAUGGGCGAUCUGCUGGCAGCUCGACCACCACAGGCUUCGUGGCUUGACUUGGAGCUUCAACGGUGCAGCCUGGGUGAGGGAGUGGUGCAUCUUUGGCAGCAGGCUGAAUCUUGCGGACAAUGCCGUGGAUGCAGCGACUGUGGAGGUGCUGCUGGACGCAGCAGCCUUGAGCCCCGCGUGCCCAGAGGAGCUGGAGCUGCUGCCCAACCCCUGCGGAAGCCGUGUUGUCGCCAAGCUUUUGCACCAUUUGGCGCCUUGGCGGACCAUUUCCUUGAAGGGCACAUCACCAGAGGUGGCGGAAGUGGCGCAGCUGCUGAGCAGUUUCGGGGAGUCGCGACAAGCCUUCAGAGUUCGUCCUCUCCCUCGGCAACACACUCAAAGUGCCGCCAGGGCAUUGGGAACUUCUGGGCGAUGCCCUGAAGGUGGCAACGUGCCCCGUCACGCAACUGCCGGGAGCCGCGAGGCCCGGCACUGCGCCUUUCCGGCGCUUGGGGGGAUGCGGCGGGAUUCUGUACUUGGAGUUCAGAGACUGCGACCUCAGUCAAGCCUUCUUCCGGGUGCCACGCGCCAUCACGCCCGAGAACGUCGAGCAAAGUCGGCCAGACGCGAAUGGAGCGUCAAGGCCGCUGAGAGGAUGCCGUCGGCCAAGUCCCUGGCAACACGUGCGCGCUCCGCGGCCGGAGAGGAUGCAGUGAGGACACCCUCCAGUCGGGCUCCAUUCCGCCCAGCACCGCGGGUCGCAGACAAGUGCCAAGGAGCCACGGAGGCACCGGCAAGCGAGCCGAGUAGCCCUCGGUCAGGUGCUCGGUGUCCGCACAGGCCUGUGCCUCCACUUCGAGUUUGCCGCGAGGAGAACUUCACGCCUCUGUUCGAGCGGCACGAGCACGUGGACUUGCAGGCAAGCUCCGUCCUCCGCGAGCUGCGGAAUGUGCAAGGCCUUCGACUUCUUCAAUGUGGCCUGACUGAUGGCUGGCUGGCCAAGCUGGGCCACAGCGGGAGCUCCAAGUGGAGCGGUGUGCGGAUGCUGGACCUCAGGUGCAACCAGCUAACAUCAGCCAGCAGCUCUGCGCUGGCAAGUGUGGUUUCCGGGGGCCUCCAGGCGCUGGUUCUGGAUGGCAAUCGCUUGCAGUCGGUGGGCUUUAAGGCGAUAUGCACUGCUUUGACCGGGAAGAAGUGCGCCCUCAGGUGGCUAUCUGUGGCCAACAACGACCUGACCCAUCCCUCAGGCUCCGCGGCAGCUGAAGUCCUCGGCUCUGCCUGCCCGCUACAGGAGCUAAGCUUGGCCAUGAACCCCAAGAUCAGCAGUGGCGAAAUUUGCACCCUGCUGCGGGCCGCAGCACGAUCGCAGGCUCACCUCUAUCUCGACUUGGCGCAAACUGGCGCGGCAGCACAGGUGCUGCCAUUUGCAGCAAAGGCAUUGGCAAGAUGCGAAGGCCUGGUCAUCGAUUUGAGCGGCUGCCCAGCCAUUGCAGAGGGCAGCGCAGAGGGGCCAAACCUUGAGCGCUUCUUGGCGGAUCAGCGGCUGCUGCUUUGA